AUGGCAGUACAAGUGUUGAAGGCACGUGGAGUACCGGAGGACCACAUUCUUUUCCUCAACAUCAUCGCUAGCCCGGAAGGCGUUAAUAAUUUUGCCACUAAGUUCCCUCGACUGAAAGUUGUCACUGCCUUCAUUGAUCAGGUAUGGUCACCCGGCUUUUGCCCAGAGCAUAGUUGA